AUGCCGAGCAUCGACGUCGAUGUGACGAGUGUGCCGGACAUUAUCGAGGCACAACUAACACUGAGCUACAGCCGUCUCACCGAUGUGAUACGCGUCAUCGUGGAGCAGGGCAACAGCCAUGAGGACGACAUUGAUGAGAUCCGUGAUCGCCUUGGGAAGCUGGUACAGGAGAACAGCGCCUUGCGUGCCGAGAUCGAGGCACUUAAACAGGCGAAAGGACCCAGUGAGGAGAUGACUGCGGCGGUCGAGGACCUUAAGUCAACUGUGGCCCAGCUCUCGGAGAAGGUGGCAGCCAAUACAAAGGCCAUCACAGCCAACACUGAGCACAUCGAGGCCAGCGACGCGGCACACAAGGCGUACGCGGCUGAUGCGGAGAAGCGUUCGAGUGAGCAGCAGGGGGCCAUGAAGGCCACCUUCGACAGGCACGCUGAGUCGGUAGGGCAGCGCGUGUCCACCACUGAGAUGUCGCUGCGUGCGCUGCGGGCCUUUGCGGAUCUCUGGGGUGCCGGGCCAGAGCAGGUGUUAGAGAUGGGCCGGCGGACUGAUAAGCAGGAGAUGGAGCAUAGCCUUGAGGACCGCACCCGAUAUGUCCUCUCACUGCCCUCUUUCACAAAGAUGCAGGAGGAGAUGGGGGUACUGCGGGCGCUACUGCAGCGUCAAGCGGCAGAUGCGCUCGCAGCCAAGACGAGCGAGGUAGCGCGGACAAGUCGCACGUCCUCGUACACGGCUGCAGUGGCCGCUCCAGUGGAGGCGGUGGAUUCCUCGGGCGAGAUUGUGAGUCUUACUCACGCGAUGCGCUUACUGGAGCAGGACAUGGAGGCAGUGCAGCAGCAGCGUUUGCCUCUGUUGGAGUCUGCGAUGCGCGAACUGCAGGGGCGCAUCAACCCAGAGAAGCGCAUCAGCGGCACGGAGAAGGAUGUGGACCACUUGUGCGGCCAACUCGCUCAUCUCGAGGACCGUCUCAACACGCUUCUCGGUCAAACAGGGGAGGUGAGGGAAGAUGGUAUGGCUGGGGCCCACCCCGGGCUGGUAGACUUGGCUCGUCGCCUUUCGCUGUUAGAGGGGGCAGUGGAGGGCUUGCCGCGUGGCAAACACGCCCCGCCAACCACCGAUAUCUCCGCAGCUGGGGGUGAGACGGUGUGCGUGGAUGGGGCUGCCGCAGCAGCACCGGCGCGUCCUUCUUCCCGUAAUUGGGGCAGUAUCCCUGCCACCGGACGUCCGCCUUCGGGUCGCGUUGGCGGCAGUGGUGUCCUGCCGCCGCUUGCCAAGGAGCCCCCAAGCAGCAGCAGCACUGUGGCUGAAGGCGAGCCAGUGUCGCCGCCGCCUCGCCGUGCAUCUUCUUUACUGCACAGCUCCAAUUCAAACGAGCUUGGACAACCGACAGUGGAGGUGCUGCGCCGGCAGGAGGCGUCGCAGCCCAGCGUUAUCGCCAAUGGCAGGCGUAUUUCAGUGGCGGUGGAGCCGGAUGAUGGGCUGCGCCGCCGCGUAGCCCAGCUAGAGGAAAACUCCGCCAUCCUCGAGGUGAACAAGGCGGACCGCAAGGAGCUGCGUGCAGUGGAGGAGGCGCUACGCAAUGCCCUUAGCUCACAGCAGCUAUAUCAACAACAUCAACAGCAGCUGCCACAUCAGCAACACACCCUGGCCUCGAAUUCAACCUAUAAUGUACCGCCGCUGGUACCGCAACGUCCCGUCUCAGCAAAUGACCGGUGCGCCGUUUCCGAUUACGCAGUCAAUCAGCAGCGUGGGGGCGGCGUUAGCCGGUCGACCUCCGCGACGGCAGGACUUGGUCGUCCGAUGUUCGUCGGCUCAUCAUCGUCGGUGUACCUCCGCGACGGAGCGCAGCUCACGAAUGCCACGGUAUCGCCGAUGCAGCUGUAUCGACAGUGA